CACACAGCACAGAGACACAGACCAGCUUCUUUUAGUCUAUUUCUCAUAGUGAGGAUUCCCCUCAAACAAAUGACUAUAAUUUCCAAAGACAUCAGGAUGUAUGUGUUUGGAGCAAAAAACUAUUGAGUUUUAAGCAGAGAGUCAUCAGCUUAACUCCUGUGAGUGGCAGGAGGGGAUGGGACACACACACACACACACACUCUGCAGUUGGGGUCAGACACAGAGAUGGGCAAACAGGAAUUAAGCUCUGAAACAAAUGCUUGCCAAGAGAAAACUGUAGGUCCGAUCGCAAUAAUUCUUUCACCGUGAGUGGCAGGAACUUCCAGACUACAACAUAUUAAAUUUUCAUGCCUGUAGAGUGUAUCAUACUGACGUGGUGACAGUGUAAAGACACCCUUCAAUGUUAAGUUUGAGCUGAAAAUUGAGAGCAGUUUUAGAAUGGUCGUCUAUGGGGGACAGAGAGGGAGGAGGCUGCGCUUUGAUGGCAUUUGUGAGAAAAAUGUAAAUCUGAUCUUGAUAAGAAACACAUUGGAUGAAAGAAGACAACGAUAGCUACAUUUUGAUGUAUAAAUUAUUGAUGUAGGGUAAAUGGUUUGGGUGGGACAGGACGAGAAAGACAAAUUUUUUCAAUUAUUCUCCACACUCUGGUUUAUUGGCAGUUGACAGUUGGGCGAACAUUCCGUGAAAAUCCCAAUUUUCCUAAAACUUAAACUGCUCUUGUGAAACAACCGUAAAAGAUAUCGCAACGAGGAUUUGGUCAAUAAAAGUCCAAAAUCUUGUGACCCGUUUAAAGUUUAAAUGACGUUUCUACGACAAAGUAUGGCCGAGCGGUAGGCCUUCAAAGUGGCCUGGGUUGGCGCCCCCAAAAGUCAUAACACACCAUUCCAGAUCCAGCUGCAUAAAAUGAUAUAACAUAUGUGAAGCUUGUAUCAAAACUGUGGGGUGAGUUAUGUGGCGAAAUUUUAAGCGGGAAAAAGGAGAAUAAUAAGCAGCAUAAAUCUGUCGAAUAGUAAUAAGUGUGCCAUUACAGAGGCACACUUAAUUUAAAAAAAACAAAAAAAGAAAAAAAAAGAAUGUUACGUUAUGUUAUGACAUCAUCAUGAUGAUCAAAGGCAUUUCAUAUGCCUUUGAUUUGUGAAUCCUUAAAUAGAGGUAAGACUCCCAUACUUUCAUGCAGUUUACUUGCAACACUCAAGAUUGCAGCGUUCAAAGGUACGCCUGAGAAACAUUUUAAAACGGUUGAAUCUUUAACACAGUCACUUCAGCAACACUCCAACAUGUCUCAGAGUAAACGCGCUGGCUUUACUACAAUGGACCACCAAAAUCCAGAGCCAAAUUUGGAAGAAACUAAUUUCCAGCUUCCACUCAAGAGGAAGGCAGACCCGGAUUAUGUUGCACAGAAUUGCACAAGUGCCGACAGCUGCUUUCCACCAAAGAAAAACAGACGAAUCUGUGAAGAAAAAACUGUGUUGAAAAGACAAUCCAGUCAGACUUCAAAAGGCAGCAAAAACAACUCUGAGAGCUACUCUCCAGAGAGAAAGAGUAAGAGAACAGACACUGAGAAAAAAGAAACGGCAGUGACUCCGAGCAUCCAAAAAAGUUGCACGCCAAGGUCUAUCCAGCACCAAGUUGAGAAAAUGGACGUUACGACCUCGAGCGAUACUUUAACCUCUGAAAUCGCACCACCAAGAAAACACAAGGCCAAAAGUAACCGUAGUGACACAGAGUAUCCAAAAAAGUCCAGGACUAUCGAUCUCCCAGGUCAGAAAACAAAUGAUACAGCCUUGAAUGGUACCAGAACCUCUGAAAACACACCAAAAAAGAAAGAGAGGCCAGAAGAUCAGAGAGGAAAAAACGUGUGGCUCAUUGGGUCCAUCGACAUCAGACGAGCCGAGGGUGAAGCAAGAAAGAUUUUCGGAGAAAAUUUUGGACUUGAUGCCAAAGUCCAGUGGUUUGGCGAAGGAGGAAUGCGCUGGUCGGGAGUCCUUCCUCGUUUUUAUGAGGAGCUAUCCACACAGAGCCCACCUGACAUACUGGUAAUCCAUGCUGGGGGCAAUGAUUUGGGACUCUUUUCUGCUGAUGAACUUUCUUCUGUCAUUGAGAAGGAAUUGAUGCAACUGCACACAGAGUUCCCCUCAAUGACAAUUGCAUAUUCAUCCAUCAAUGAGCGUCAAGUGUGGAGACAUGAAAAUCCAGACGAAAUCAAUGAGGACAGGAAGAUUGUGAAUGCCAGCAUUAGAAAGGCUGUCGACCGCUUUGAUGGAGUGGUUAUUGAGAAUCCGCCCUUCAAGCUUUUCAACAACUCCAACUGCUUUGGAGUUCAUUUUUACACGAAAGCAAAUGAAGUGUUUCUGACAAGCAUCCGCAAGGCCAUCAAGAAAAGUCUUAAGUCACGUCACUGAAAACUGACUUGAGACAUUUCUUUCACAGUCCAGAAAACCAUAUGUUGUUCAUUUUAGGCAAUGUGAACAACAUAUAGCUAACAUGUGCUCUCAUUUUUCUUUUCCUCUGCCUCUCACCCCCCAACCAGUCAUGACAGAUGGCUGCCCCUUUCUUAGCCUGGUUCUGUCAAAGGUUUCUUCCUUUUUAUAAGGGAGUUUUUCCUUUCCACCGUCGCCCAGUGCUUGCUAUUAAAGGGGAUCAUUUGAAUGUUGGCGUUGAUAGUUUAGAAUCUAAACUAAACUAAUAAACGUAAAACAUCAGGUGAUUGUUGGGAUUGAUAGUUUAGAAUCUAAACUAAACUAAUAAACAUCAAACUUCAGGUGAGGGGUUCACAUAGUAGGGAGCACUACAAGAAUUACAAAUAAAAACAUGUAAUUGGCAGCUAAUCAAAAUAAAGAAAACAA